GUCAUACAAACAACACUGACCUAAUUUUAACUCGCAAGGCUUCAUCUAACCGCCGUUGUGGUCGUCUUAAUGUUAUUUAUCAGUUAUUAAGUUCUGUUGAUGAUAUCGCUGAGGCGAAUGUAAAUAAUCUUAGUUUCGUUUUAUAUUUCUGUUGCCUGCCUGCACCGGCUCUCAGGAGAGAGGGGGGGCGGAUAUUCAGUAUCUCUCAGCCUCCGCCCGCCUCUGUGGCUCUGUCCAAAGCGGUGGAGAGACAGGGGGGGGGGGGGGGGGGCGCAGACCGACAGGGGGACAGACAGAGGCACAGAGAGAAAGAGGGGCGAUGGCUGCCGGUGUAGGAUGCGGGGAAUCGGUGGAUCAGUACCGGGCCGAGGUGGAACGGCUCACCCAGGAGCUGGCCGAGGCGAACCGGGAGAAGAUCAGGGCUGCGGAGUGCGGUCUGGUGGUGCUGGAGGAGAACCAGGCGCUGAAGCAGAAGUAUGCAGAGCUGGAGACCGAGCAAGAGACUCUCAGGAAGGAGUUGGAGCAAUUACAGGAGGCCUUUGGCCAGGCCUACACGAACCAGCGUAAGGUGGCAGAGGAUGGGGAGACAAAUGAGGAGACGCUGUUGCAGGAAUCGGCCUCUAAGGAGGCCUACUACACAGGCCGUCUGUUGGAGCUGCAGACGGAGGUGACGCUAAGCCGCUCUGUGGCAUCCAACGCCCAGGCGGAAAAUGAAAGGCUCAACGCACUCGUGCAGGAGCUAAGAGAGAGUAACGAGAUGCUGGAGCUACAGAGGAGCAGGAUGAGGGAGGAGAUCAAGGAGUACAAGUUCAGGGAGACCAGGCUUCUUCAGGAUUACACAGAGCUGGAGGAGGAGAACAUCACGCUGCAGAAACUGGUCUCUACGCUCAAGCAGAGCCAGGUGGAGUAUGAGGGACUAAAACAUGAAAUCAAGGUGCUAGAGGAGGAGACUGUUCUUCUCAACAGCCAGCUUGAAGACGCUUUACGUCUAAAAGAAAUCUCUGAGGGUCAGUUAGAAGAAGCCCUGGAUGCCCUCAAGAGUGAGCGAGAGCAGAAGAACAACCUAAGAAAGGAACUGGCCCACCAUAUCAGCCUGAGUGACAGCGUCUAUGGAGCAGGGGCCCAUCUGGCGCUCACUGUCACUGGUGUUGAGGGCCUCAAGUUCCCAGAGGAGACAAACGGAACCAACGGCACCAAUGGCAGCGCCAUCCCUACUGCUAAUGGCAAUAAUGAGGACAGCAACCGGCGCAACGGUCACCUCCACACAGGCACAGGGCUGGCUAAGAUGAAUGGCGAGUACCGCCCAGGCCGGAAAGGAGAAGCCCUGCACCCUGUGCCAGAUCUGUUCAGUGAACUCAACCUGUCAGAGAUGCAGAAGCUCAAACAGCAGCUGCUACAGGUGGAGCGGGAGAAGUCAGCGCUGCUCAUGAACCUGCAGGAGUCACAGACCCAACUGCAGCACACACAGGGCGCCCUGACCGAGCAGAAUGAACGGGUCCAUCGCCUCACUGAACGUGUCAAUGCCAUGAAACGCCUCAAUGGAGACAAAGAGCUUGAUGACCCACAAGAGAGUGAGAAGCCUGACGGUGGCUCUGUAUCACCGCCAGCCAAUGGUCACCAUGAUCCCGAUAUCCACGGGUUUGAGAUCCUGGAGUGUAAGUACAAGGUGGCGGUGACAGAGGUGAUCGACCUGAAAGCAGAGCUGAAGGCCCUGAAGGAGAAGUAUAACCAGGCUGUGGAGGGGCAGGGAGACAGCCACAGUGACGACAAAGUCCAGGCACUGAAUGAACAGCUAACUCAUUUGGAACGCAGCUGUCGUGAGGGCCGGGAGAGGGUGGUAAGCCUGGAGGCAGAGCUCCGAGUGGCCUCAAGCACAGCCACAGAGAGCCAAGGCAUGCUGAACGCAGCACAAGACGAGCUGGUAACCUUCAGUGAAGAACUGGCACAGCUGUACCACCACGUCUGUCUGUGCAACAACGAGACACCCAACCGUGUCAUGCUUGACUACUACCGGCAGAGCCGCGUCACACGCAGCGGCAGCCUGAAAGGCUCAGAUGAUCCUCGGGCUUUGCUCUCGCCUCGCUUGGCACGACGCCUCGCUGCAGCAUCUGCAGCUUGCUCCUCUGAGUCCCCACGCAGUCCCAUGGACUCCCCAUCCAAAGAUGCCCAUCACAAUGAGACAAAUACCAACACAGCAGACUCUUCAUCCUGCCAUAGCAGCCCCACCCGCAACGCCACCGGCUCCCCAGUCAUCAGCAUCUCUCCUUGCCCGUCUCCACUGCCCUCAGAGGCAGGUGGGGACCUGCGGAAGGAGCCCAUGAAUAUCUACAACUUGAAUGCUAUCAUCAGAGACCAGAUCAAACACCUCCAGAGGGCUGUUGACCGCUCACUGCAGCUGUCAAGGCAGAGGGCUGCAGCCAGGGAGCUGGCGCCGAUGCUUGACAAGGACAAGGAGACAUGCAUGGAGGAAAUACUCAAGCUCAAGUCCCUGCUCAGCACCAAGAGAGAGCAGAUAGCCACACUCAGGCUGGUGCUCAAGGCCAAUAAACAGACAGCAGAGGGUGCGCUGGCUAACUUGAAGAGCAAGUACGAGAAUGAAAAGGCGAUGGUGACAGAGACCAUGAUGAAACUGAGGAACGAGCUUAAAGCUCUGAAAGAAGAUGCUGCCACCUUUUCGUCUCUUAGGGCCAUGUUUGCAACAAGGUGUGAUGAGUAUGUCACCCAGCUGGAUGAGAUGCAGAGGCAGCUGGCGGCAGCAGAGGAUGAGAAGAAGACAUUGAACUCUCUCCUCCGUAUGGCUAUCCAGCAGAAACUGGCCUUGACCCAACGCCUGGAGGAUCUGGAGUUUGACAAUGAGCAGACCCACCGUGGCCGUGGCGCUAAAGUGCCCAAGAUAAAAAGCAGCCCGCCCAAAGUAAGUCGCAGAGGCGCCUUCACGGCUCCACCCAGCCCUAACAGGCUCCACAGCCACUCCAUCAUCACCACCCCCACCCUGAACACCUCCCUGACCCUCGGUAGUGCUCCCUCUGUAGAGAUAACCACCUGUCCGUCCAUGUCUGCGUGGAUUCCAGACACACUCUCUGAAACAAUCCAGACCUCAGCUUCAACUUUGCCUGACUUGAGUUACUCCAGUUUGUCUCUGGACAGCCAGCCCAUCAUGAUAGACACUGAGUGGCUAAGCUUAGAGUGCAAACGACUCAUUUACGCGAGACAAAACAUAGGUCAACUGUCCCCAUCACACAAGCUCAGCAUCAACAGCCCCGCCUCAAUAUCUCCUCACCUUCGUCGAAAGCGAUGAUUCAUCAUCAUCUGUACACUAAUAUCCACUGUGUACACAGUUCCCAGAAGCCUUGGAAUUAGGUGGGAUACAGAGAGGAGGAAAGACUGGUAUAACAUGUCUAUGGUUUGAACAUGCAGCAACACUCAGGAGGAAGGAGUCCAUGACAGCAAUGACCAUCCUCAAAACAUUUGCUGUUGUAAAGGUUGACUGACAGUUGGUCAGCAUAGAAUUUAAUAAUAAACACCCUUAUGAAUUCGAUAUUUUUACCAGCUACCAUAACGUAUUACAUCAUGUAUCACUCUCCUACGGUACUAGGAAGUGUUUCAAAGUGAAAACCAAGUAAAAAAUGGCUGCAGCAUCUCUGUCCAUAUACAGUGACUCAGAGCACCUCCUUGUGGCAGAUUCAGUAAAUUACAUGUUAGAUUAGAUAUUUGUUAGUUUUAUUAAAAUGUUUAACCUAUUUCAUUAAGCCUUUUCUCAAUUAUUAUGUGUUGUAAAAUGAUAUUUCCUGCAGUUCCUCUUUGCAUGCCUUAUUUUGUCACAUGUAAAGGUCUGUUAAAAAGCAUCUGACAGGCUUAGAGUGUAUUAAAUGGUUAAUGUGUUGUUUAGAGUAGUAUAGAAACCAGUCAGACCUCCUCUCUGUGCCUCAGCCUCCUCUUUGAUUGUUCAUCUAUUCUCAUCUCCUCCUACCCCGCAUUUGGUAUAAAAGAAAAGCAAAUGGGACAGACUAAAUCCCUAUAUACCUACGCUGAUGACCAAUUCCCUGACAAACUGCUCUUACAUUGUCGCCGAUUCUUACCACCGGAUGGCAGUGUCUGAACACAUUUUCAUUCUUUCCUGCCAAAUGCUGUUGGACUUUCUUCCUCCCUUAUCCCACCUCAGAUAAUCAUAUCAUGAGUAAAACACAUUAAACAUUUAACAGACAUCAUACAUGUGUUCUCAAAGUAGUCUAAGUAUUGAAAACAACUCUUAAUUGGAACUGACAAGCUUGACUUGUGUGAAGUUUGAAAAUAUAAUUGAAAUGAGUAGCAGGUGUUAUGGAGUUGAGCGGGAUUGGAUUGUUCAACGAUAAUCCCAAGUAUUUGUCCUCCUCCUUUUGUGCUUUACAAAUUAAUACAAUAUUGGAUUUACAUGUGUGUCUGUGUGUGUGUAUGUGUGUGUAAAUGUGUCCAUGUUUCUGACUCUUAGGGUGCUAUGUGUUGUCCACCCCCAGUGCUGAUUGUGUAGCUGUGCAGAGACUGAUCCUGUCAGCGUGGUCAGAUGAGACUGGUUUACAUUAUUACUACAUUAUUAAUUCCAUUCACACAAGUGACAUGUUGUAGAAGCAGUCAGGUUAUACUCAGUCUGGCUUCAAGUAUUCCCCUUUGCGUCAUAUGAUCUUUUUCCUAUAUUGCUCUUCUUGUUCUUUCUUUUCUCAUAUGGCUCUAAAAUGUCAAACUCUACGUUUCUUGUUCUAGAGAAACCUAACCAAGCAAAAACACAAAAGUAAGAUUAUCUCAGAUAUUAUGAAAAAUUAUAAACACCCCUAUGAUUUAGCUGUGCCAUGAGAGCAAGUGUAUAUGGAUGAGGAUCACAUUGUUACUUCUACAUUAUGACAACCAGCUAUAUUGGCCAACCAGUCAGUCUCUUUGUCUCUGACAAAGCCUUCCCCUGUUUUGUCCUCCCUGUUUCUCUGUUCUACUGUCUAACCCUGAGUGUCACCAGUCUGUAUAUCUGUCUAAUUUAUCAGUUUCUUGUAGAUUGUCAGCAGCCUGCUGCCUCAGUACCGUCACUCUCCCCACAACUAAGGCGAGGGAGAGCCUCCCUAGCCCGCAGGUAACAAGCUGUAGAACCUGCUAGUAGUAGGAUCACCAACUUCUAUCUAUCUAUCUAUCCAUCAAUCCAUCCAUCUAGUUGUACAACAAGUAGUUGUAGCCUAUCACUCAUCACUCUUUAAUGUAGACCUUUUCACAUCUUUUUAAAGUAGCACAUCUGCAUUUGUAAAAGUUAAGUUAUGGCUGAAACCCUUCUAUUGCAUAAAUAAUAAACACUUCUCAAUGGGCGAGGGA